AUGGCUACUCUAUACGAACGCUUGCCUAUCGCUCCUGAUCCUUCUCUCCAGGAGCCAGCAGGAGAGUCUGAGUUGGACAGCCUAUCUCACCGGCCUAGUCACUCUGACCUGGGCACUGACGGGACUAUGCCUUCUCGUGGUACACCGCCGGAUUGUUACGAAUUACCGAAUGACACUCAUCCUCGCGACAUUGACUAUAUGGGUUACUCUUCUUUUGAUGACAUCACAGCCGCCUUUAUCCGAAGCUGUUCUCCUUCUCCCUUUAGCGACGACGAUGACGACCAUACUUUUAUCGAUUUACACGGAGCAAGAACAUCAACAUCCCCUCCCACUCCCGAAUGCGAUGGUUCGACAGCGACAAUAGGCAUGUUCGAGUUGGAUUUUGGUGAAAAACACGAAAGAGCCCCGACAUUUCUUCCCCAUCUGAGGGAAGUGUUUUACGACACGAAAUCUUACGAAGCACCACCGGAUGAUAAACUCCCUCCCCGUCGUCGACGAAGACUUCCCGAGUUUGCAACGAUCGAAAAUGAAGAAGAAGAGGACAAUACGUUGAUUGUUUCUCGAUCCGAUGGCUACUUCCACCUAGCGUGCCCUUUCUACGUCGCCUAUCCCGAGAAAUACAAGUCUUGCCUUCUGCACUACUCUCUUCGGUCUAUUGAGGAUAUUAUCCGGCAUGUGGCUCAACACCACAAGGAGCCACCGUACUGCCCUAUAUGCCGCCGGGAAUUCGACAGCCCGUCGGUACGUGACCAGCAUAUACUCAUGAGAAAGUGUACGUUCCAAAACUCUCAUGAGAUCGAUGACAUAAACGAACGGCAACCGUUUUGGUUGCACAAGCGGGAUACGGUACAUCUAGGCGAGCAAAGACGCUGGCCACGUAUCUGGGAGACUAUCUUCCCUACCGACCUGUCACUCAAGUCAUCUUAUCUCUAUGAGAUCAAGGAUAGAGCAAUGCCCAUGAUAAACAACUAUUGGGGAAAUGCGGAUACAGUCAUGUCUAACGAGCAACUAAACGAUAUACCUCGCCUCUAUUCAUUGAUUUUACAAAUCCUAGGGGCUUUCUGUGGGGUGGCCUCAGGUUAUUCAUAUAUUGAACGAAAGAAGAUUAAGAUUCAAGAUAUCGUGUUGGGUGGAACACAUUGCCAACCGAUAUCCUAA